GACGACGACGUUCGCGUCAAUCUCACCAGAAUGCGACACUGAAAAUCCAACGCUCGUAUUUUCGGUCGGCCAGUUUGAAUCUUCCAGUGGUCUUGUAGCCUGUGAAAUAUCUGCCGUGUGGAUUUAAUAGGAUGGACAUUCGUCUCGACCUUUACCAGUGCUCUUACAGCUUUGGCACGUCGGUUUAGCUGGAUUAUAACCUGGCAGUAGUUUUCCGUGAAGGAUUCUGAAAAAUGAGAUUCAUCGCAUCGUUAACACCCAUGUGCAUUUACUAUUGCGCAGACAGUCUACCUGGACUCGUCUCACAGAUGAAAAGAAUUCAACGCAAGGAACCUACUUGGAGAAUAGAAAAUCAACUAGCAUAAGAACUCAAGAAAGGAGAUACGCGCUUGUUAAACAACGACACGACUGAAAGUCAAGUUGACAAAAAGAAAGUAAAACGAAACCUUUUGAUUCAGUCCGACCCCUUGUUUUCCACGCAGCUGACUCCUCGUUAUACGUGGAACUUCAACAGGAAAGAUAACGUAUCGUGGAAACAAUUUAAAGGAGAAAAAGGUGGUUACAAAUCUAAUGUCGAGUGGCUUAAGAAAUUGAUCAGUGAUAUUGAAAGUAUCACUGAGUAAAUGACGCACUCGUAAUUUCUAGUCGACCUCUACUUGACUGGUUCACGUCGCUGGAUAUCACAGACACAAUCCUUUUCUCAUAUGGUAUUCACCCCUCAAGCCCGUUUACUCUUUGGUGCUUUGCUGGGUUGGCAACAGUUGCCAACCAGCCAGGGAGAAACAUGAAAACACGAGCUCGAAUCGCGACGCUUAUAUUGCACCGGGAGAGCAAUAAAACAGUGAAGCUUGGAAUGUCGCGUUUCAAUCAUUCCGCCAUUGUGAAACUGGAAUCGACGCAUGGCCGCAAACUUCAGGGAAAACACAUAUGCUACUGAAAUACUCUUGUUUGGUGUGCACGUACACGUGGAUGGAAAAACCUAACCAAGAGAAAUGAGGGAUGCGGAACAGUCAAGGGUUAGAAUUGUGUACAGUACGGAAUGACGAAUUUGGGAAAUUAAGUGUGAUACAGAGGAUGAAAAUGGUUGCUGGUACAGAAGGAAGCAUGGGAGAACCAUUUGUCUGGUUAUAGAAGAGAGAGUAAACACGUAGAUGGGGGUUGAACGACGUCCAGGGGUUGAUUUUGGUUUGGGAUAUAGUGGGUGCAGAAAUCGCGUAGGUUUCUACCCCCGUGGGCUAUAUCCCCGGAAUCAGCUGCCAGAUUAUUCUAUUACCGCGUAUCAACAUGGGGUUUGUUUGGUCUGAAAACACGAGUUCGCCACAUUGUUUCAGGCAGAUAAAGAAUUUAACGUCAGGCCUAACAACAUUCCAUACGUUAUUGACAAUGGGUUCAAUUUAGUUUGACACGUUACUUGUUUUUUUCGAAAUGGAUAUGUCUAGCAUGGUUUACCGAUCCUAAGCGAACGGGCAUAGAAAAGCAAUAAUGGCCGCUGAAAAAAAGAUAUACAUAUAUAUCCAAACAGUCGGAGAUAUAACUAUUCGGAAUUGUCAGGGCGAAAUAAUGAAGCGGCGCUCGUCCAUGAAUUUUGCCAUGCCAAAGUAACAAUAACAAUCGAGAGAAAUGUUCGGUGAUGUGUUCAUUAAAAUAUAAUUAAUUGGAUUGUCAGUACGGUAGAGCAAUUGAGGAUACUUUGUGUAUAUGUAUACAUAUAGCGAUGUGCACAUUAUUUAUAGAGCCGUGGGUAUGACUUUUUGUGCGUUACCGUAUAUGCACCGUUUAUUCGGGUUUCGUUGGAUCUCGUCAUCCGCCUACGAUUUUCUAGCGCAAAUAUAUCCCCUUGGUUAAAGCGAAAAUAUAGAGGAAACGCCAGCAUAUUUCCAUGCUGAAAUUGUAUCCGUUUAACAGAUUUGUCAAAGCCAUCAUUUUACGAAUAAUAUAUUUAUGUUUCAAUUUUUUUUACUAGCCUCGAUAUACAGGUGAAUUAUAGAAUCAUUGUAGUCUUUCAGAUUCAGUCACGGUUCAAGUUUUACUAUUAGAUUUGCAAAUUAUCACGUAUACGAACGAAUGUUGGUAAUUCUAACCUAUAAAAGUCAUGCCGAAGGAUAGAAAGCGUAUUGAGAAUCGUAUGAUUAAUUAUUUAAAAACGCUUUCGCGAUUUAGCUAUUGUGCUAUCGAAUCCGUAAAGUUUGAUUGUUUCAGUGUGUAUUCCAUUAAAAUUUCAAUAGAAAUCGUCUUGAUCUUGGCUUUGCUCAGCCAACUUCAUUUCGAACUCAGGGAUCAGACCGAUUCCAAGUUCGAUUCACUCCUGGAGUCCCGCCACAGUUUCCCUAAGCUAGAAUUCCCGAAGGAUAUAUACAGAGAGGGGAAUGAUUUUCUCUACGAGGAAAAAAAAAUCAACUAUCAUUAAAUAAUUUUGCUAUUUUUAUCGUACCUACGAUUAUUGAAAAUCUUAAAUAUCUCACAUGAUUAUUUUUUCUUUAUACAUUUAUUUUUUCUAUAUUCAACUUUUUUCUUCUUCUGUGGUACGCGUACCUAUGGACUAUAUGGUUUUGCAUGCAUAUUAUUCAGGACUGCUGUAUCACCUGAAGAUCGUUAUUAAUACUACCGUGGGCAAUAAUAGAAAUCUUCAGGCGGUACAGUAGUCCUGAAUAACCGUGUAUGUACAUGUAAUAUGCGGGAAGGGAAAUAUUCCUCGACUAGGAAUGAGGUUCGGCAUGAAAUCCAAUAAUGAUCUCAGUGUGCCCCCGACCCUGUAAGGUUUCACGUUAUUUUCAUCGUGAUUCGCCGUAAUUUUAUAAACACUUUGAAAAUCUUGCGUCACGGACUUGGCUUCGCGAGCAAGAUUGCAUUCGUUCAGGGGCUUCUUCGUCUGCUCUCAGGAAAAUAAUUAGAAAAUCACAUAACCAGACCACAAAUCAGAGUCGUUGAGUAUUUAAUGGGAUCACCUAUGUGAAGCCCGUUAUGAUCAGAGUUCCAGAAACCGACACAGAAACAGAUAACUAUGUAUCUGAGAAUGAGGUUGCACCCAGUACGGAUGGAGGAAAGGCAGAUAAAACGGAAGCGGAAGACGAAAACGGAACGAGUGAAGCUGAAGAAGAGAGAGAAGAGAUAAAUGCGAAUGUUGGAAGGAAGAAGAAAAAGAGCAAGAAAAAAGUCAAGGAUGGAAGUUGUCUCGAAGAAGAUUUCUGCGAUGAGAAAGAGCUUUGGCGUGUUUACAUGAAGUCAUACGUCGAGAAGGAGGAGAGACUCGAGGCAGAGGAUAAGUUUGCCCGUAGGAAAGCAGCCAACCUCCUGAAGUUGCCGAACGUCAAAUCCGAGGAGGACAUAUCGGUUCCAUACGAGUGCUUAUAUUUAAAUGCAUUCAGCAAAGCCGACGCCCUGAAGCUGCCUGACAAAUUGAAUCGAAAGGAAAAAAUACGAAUAUGGAAAAGUUUAGAGACCAAAGUCAUUUCGGAUGCCGAUCGGCAGAUUGAGCGGAAGCUGCAAGCGGAAGCAGAGAGUGAAAAAUUUCCGGAAGUGUGGCCAUGCGCCGACGAAGAAUAUAUUGAGGAACUGAAGAAGAUUUUUAAGAGAAAUAAGAAAAAAGAAAUUUUUCCUCUUAUCUCGGAAGAACGGGAGGAGCUAUUGGAAUUGCCUAAAGAGAAUUUUGCAGAAAGGAAGGAACUCGGUCAUGCGAGGAUUCCGCCAGCGUGUCCAACGAUAAAGAGUAAUCUGAUGGUCGACAGAGCUGCUGGUGAACAUCCGGGAUUGGUCGACGGUGACUACGUGAUCUUUGAGUUGGUCUCCAAGAAGAAAGGAAAUCGAACCUAUGCGGAUGUUUGUCUUCGCGGUAUGAAGGGAAUGCAUCUUCAGGAAUUGGAAGGUUCUCGUAGCCGUGAGAAAACAUGGAAAUUUUGUUUCUAUCAGGCGCUUGUUGCUCUCCUGGCUAAGACUCAACUUCGUUAUAGAUACGCGUGGAGUGCGAAUCUAGAUUACAUUUAUGAUCAUGCAUGGAUGCUGUAUGUACACAUAGGUAGCAUUAAUCUCAGGGAGAAGCAAAGAUUCGACGACGUUAUUGUAUAUAAUUAUAAGUACAGUGUGGAGAUCGAAUUAGUAUGUGAAACGAAGGACGUGCCUAGGGUAAAUGAGGUAGAGUGGGAUUACAUAGAAAAGAAUUUUAAAAAGAAAUUAGAACUCGAGAGAAAGGAGUUGAUGCAUACAAAUGGAGAGAUCAAUUCGCAGAAGAUAAAGGAUCAGCAAAAUAUACCAGUGCACAAGUGUACUAAGGUAAUUGAAAAUUGGUUCGACCAGUUAGACGUACGAUAUCAGAAUUGUAUUUUUCGCACUACGAGAUACUCCUUGGCUUUUUGGAAAGAUGAUUUCUUCUGGUAUCUUUACAAUCCUUAUCGCUGUGACAAAUUUGGAUUUUGGGAUGAUUCUGGAUAUGCGUGUAUUAUGAAAUUUUGCUCGAGGGAUUCUCUUAGAAGGCAUUUGAUGAUACUUCUGCUAAGAGCAUAUGUAUAUGAAACACCUAAAAGCGAGAUUAACGACAAAGUUAAUGAAACUGAUGAAAUUGACCAGAGUGAAAAUAAUCAAGGUAAAAGAGACACUAUAGAAACCACUGACGAAUCGAUACAAGAAAUCGAAAAGAAGGAAGACGUUCUGACCAUUCAGAUUUAUCAAAUGAUCUAUCAUAAGACUCAAUUGUAUAAUAUUGAUCUAUUGCAAAAAUCCGCUCCUAAACCUCAAAUGCAGGAUAUCGAAAAACAAAAACUCAAUAUCUGUCCGAUAGAUCCCAUGGAAACAUAUGAUCCUUGCAAAGAGUACGAGGAUAACGAAUUAAUAGAGAAAGUCAGCUGGUUAAAGACGUUCAAGAUAACAUGGCCCAGAUGUCAAGCCAUAAAGAAAAAAUCAUGUCGGGAUAAUUCUGCAACUAGUGUAAAGUUAAGAUGGCACCAGUAUUACGUCGAAGAACCAUAUAAAAUAUUUUCUCUCUGGGCUGAAAUUCAUCCUACGGAACAGCUGUUUCCAAAAGAGAACAGAGGAAAACAAUCGUACGCCUGUUACGCGGUCUGCGCUGGUAUGACACGCAUAACGGCGCCGGAAUAUUGGACGCCUAAGACCUUGGAUGCCAUUGUUAUGUGCGGUGACAAGUAUUACACUUUGAGUAAAUUAGAGGCUGAGGCGCUUUCUGAGAAGACUGAAUACUCGCAGAGGGAUUGUUGGGAUAAAUAUUUAACGGAGUAUUUUAAGAUCGGCGAGACACUUUUUCAGGUUAAGAUAUUGCCGUCCAUCUGUGGAAAACUUUACUCCAAGUUAGCCAAGUAUCUCUGGCAGACGUUGGAGCAAAUGUUUGUCAAGUAUCACUUCGGAAUACUUACCUGCGAAAAUACUUGUGUAGGGCUUUUUAAAUUUUGUGGCGCCUAUUACAUGUGCGAUGUCCAAUCCUGGGGGCCACCAUUGUUUCAAUAUGGCCAUGCGGUUGCCUAUCUUCUAAGGUCUACAUCGUUUUUUAAAUUCAUGACUAUUCUGAUACUUACUAUUGGCUCGCCUGAAUGUAGCCGUUUUUCACUUAAUCCUAUAGAGAUUGUUAAAGUUAUUGAAGUUGGAUCUGCCGACACUCCUAAGCAAGUAGAUGCUCAGAACAGGCGUAAGACAUCAAGUAAUACUACGAAGGUAACUUGUCCUUACGAGGAUGAUAAGAAACCAGACCCGAAAAAGUGGCGACCAAAAUCUGCACAGUCCGAGAGGAAGACUAUAGAUAAAACAAUUUGCAAAGACGAAAGUAGUAAGAAGCGUUUUAAAAAUAAAAAAUAAAUAAACAAGUAUUUAUAAUUGUAUGACGAAUUAUAGUGUAACAGUAUCGCGUGAUAUUUGAUUCUUUCACGUAUUAUAGAUCGGGUUAAUAUUUAUCUGAAGAAAAAUAGGCGCAUUAAAAUACCUGCACUUUGUACGUGCAUAUUUGCACGAGGAAAUAAACUGCCACAGGCGCAAUGCCGUUCUUUGUACGAAUCGUGCAAUAUUGCGAAAUCAAAUAAAGCCAGCUAAAUUAAAAAAUAUUUUACGCAUUACUCGCUCGGUUAGAAACACAGGUUAGGAUGGAUUUGAUUUUGCAAAUAUUUAACAUUGUUAUAAAAAGGAAAGGGGCGAGGAAAAUAAAUUCAUCGAAAUCAACAGUUUCAAUUUUCAACAGAAUUUCGCAAAAUGCGAGUAUCUCAAUUCGGGCUUCAGCUUAAGUUCGCGCUGCCAACUUUGGACAGUUGAAUAAUUGAACUAAGGGCCUCUACAGUAAAAAGAGCAAGUUGAUCGUCUUUAGGUCUCAGACCCUGCAAUGGUGAGGGGUUUUCAAACUUGUAGUAAGGAUUGUCUUAGUUUCGGUUGCAUGAGGCUUUAUAGUAUAUACGUAUAUGUACUCAACAAACUUAGUUAACUCUAAACGUAGAGAACUUGCAAUGUCCAUGGCUACCCUCUGUGACUAUUCAUACAUACCCUAUACUGUAUGACACAGUUUUGAUACUCCAAAUAAAACAUUUCGUGACGCAAUUGUCGUAUCAGUUGCUCAAUAUGUAAAAACACGUA